UACUCUAGUUUACUACCUGCUAGGUUUCAUCUUGUAUAUGAGCUCUCGUUUCUAGAUCUUAUAAAUAAAUAAAGAUUGCUCCUAUAAUCACCCUCUCAUGCCAGUUGCUAAAUAUUCUUUUCUACUUAUGGUGCAAGUUUGAAUAAUGGGAUGUGGAGAACUUAAAAUACGAAGCUAUGAUGUUCAAGUUCAUAGAGCUGGAGUGGAAGAUCUUGAGAGAAGAUGUGAGGUAGGCCCGACUGAAAGAGUACUCUGCAUAGAUACCAUGGGUGACCCCAUCUGUAGAAUCAGAAACAGUCCGAUGUGCAAGAUGCUGGUAGCCGAAUUGGGCAGCGAACUGGUUGGUGUCAUUCAAGGCUCUAUAAAGCUAGCAACCGUUCAUAAACCUCCAAAGAAUAUAGCCAAGUUGGGUUAUGUGCUAGGCUUAAGAAUUGCACCACUUCAUCGACGAAAAGGGAUCGGAUCGACGCUAGUGCUUGAAUUGGAGAAAUGGUUCAUCGCAAAUGUUGUUGACUACGCUUACAUGGCUACGGAGAAAGAUAAUGAAGCGUCAGUUAAUCUCUUCAUAAACAAGCUUGGAUAUGCCAAUUUCAGGACACCGGCGAUUCUUGUUAAUCCAGUUGAUCAUCGCGCCUUACGUUUGUCAUCAAAAACUGAGGUGGCAAAGCUCAAAGUCGAGGAAGCUGAGUUUCUAUAUCGCAAGUUCAUGACUUCAACAGAGUUUUUCCCUGAUGAUAUAGGGAAUAUACUGAGAAACAAGCUAAGCUUGGGGACUUGGGUGGCUUAUCCCAGAGGUGAGUCAUGGGAUGAUUUUGGUUCAGAUGGGAAAGUACUUCCAAGAAGUUGGGCUAUGCUUAGUGUAUGGAACAGUGGGGAGCUCUUCAAGCUAAGACUAGGGAAAGCGCCCUUAUCUUGCUUUCUAUACACAAAGAGUUCAAUAUUGAUUGAUAAAAUCUUUCCAUGUUUUAAGUUGCCUGCGAUACCAGAUUUUCUUAGUCCAUUUGGAUUCUACUUCAUGUAUGGAGUGCACCAUGAAGGAUCGUUAUCAGGAAAGCUGGUUCAACACUUGUGCCAAUUUGUGCACAACAUGGCGACAAAGUCCAAAGAUUGUAAGGUUAUUGUAACAGAAGUUGGCGGUAAGGACAUCCUAAGGCUUCACAUCCCCUACUGGAAAUCACUCUCCUGUCCAGAAGAUUUGUGGUGCAUAAAGACCUUGAAAAAUGAAGAGAACACAAUACAUCAAUUGCCAAAAGCGCCACCGACAACAACAUCCCUUUUUGUAGACCCAAGAGAGGUUUGAACAAUUUGAAAAUACCCCCCUGGCCUUAUUGUUCUUGCUUGAGGCCAAACCUCACCUCAUGUAUUGUUAGAUAAGUCCAUCCCUCUCUCCCUUUGUGGGGGCUAGCUUUUCUGUUGUACCUUUCACAUCAGUGACUCAAAAUCUCAAAAGAUUUCCUCAAUUAGGUGCCACCCUCUCUGUCCUUGUUUUCAACUGAUCAAUUGUCGCUACCCUCAUGAUCUUGACUAAUCAAGAAGCCAGUUGUCCUUGAUUUGUC